AACUUUUAUUUUCAAACAAUUCCAAAUUUCACGAUAAUUCAAGAAAACUUCCAAACAAUUCUAAAAUCAUCAUGAAAUUCUUUACCUUAUUACUUGCUCUCGCGAUCGUAGCUUUCAGCACAUUCGUUGCUGCUACGCCAGCUAAACAGGAAAAAGGCAGUGAUCAUAUUAGUAGAGUCCCGUCAGCUAUCGAUAAUCAAAAAAGAGACGGUGCAUCAACUUCUAAUUGGAAAAGAGGCGACGACAUUAGUAGAGUAGGAGAAACUAAAGAUAAUAAAGAUAAUAAGAAUAAAAGAUCUUUGACGGAAAGACAGGCUAAGUGCCCAUACGGAUAUCAUUGGUGUAAUGAUAUAUACGGCGGUUGUUGCCCGAAUAAUACAAUUUGCGCAGUUAAUUAUAAAUGCAUUGUACAUUGCUAAAUAAAGUUUUGUGCACCCACCUUUGGUUAACGUUAACACCAAAGGUCUAUUUUUGCGUAGGAAUGUUCUCUAUAAUUGUUAGAAUAAUGUUUGAUUUUUAUUUGAGUAUUUAAUUAUUAUUAUUUUUAGUAUUACUUAACAGUUAAGAAUUUUUGCUUUUUCAUG